AUGAGCCCGACCCCGCCCUCUCCGGAGCCGUCCCGGCCGCGGCUCACCGGACACCGCUCGGAUGAGCCCGACCCCGCCCUCUCCGGAGCCGUCCCGGCCGCGGCUCACCGGACACCGCUCGGGCCGGUGCCCGAGGAGCACCUGGAGUUCCCGAGGGUAUUCCCAAGGCUCUUCCAGCCAUGGCAGAGCCGGUGCCCGAGGAGCACCUGGAGUUCCCGAGGGUAUUCCCAAGGCUCUUCCAGCCAUGGCAGAGUGGGAAGGGGUGGAUUUCCCUGGGGCGCGCGGCCGGCCGACGGCGCGGACCAAAGCACUUUAGAGCGACGGCCCGGCCCCGGGGGCUCGCCGGAGCCGCCGUCCCCCGAGGAGGAGCGGCCCCGCGACGAACCAAAGCACGCCGAAGGGCUCGGCGCCCAGCGGGGCCGCGGGGGCGUCCAGAGGUCGGGCUGGAUCUCCAGGAGCCCCAGCCCGUCCUUCCAGGAGCCGGCGCCGGACGCGGCGGCCUCGCGCGGCCCGGCCUCGCGCAGAGCCAAAGCCAAAGCCUCGGAGGGCUGCCGGCGGAAAGCGCCGGCGGCCGAGCCGCAGCCGGCCGAGCCGGGCUCCGCGGCCGAGUGGACGCUGCCCGAGCUGGACGUGGUGGGCAAGCAGUCGUGGACGGUGAACGCCGAGGACUCGGUGGAGCGGCUGCUGCCGGAGCCGGCGGAGGUGCGGCCGUACGCGUGCGGGGUGCUGCUGGAGGAGCCGCGCAAGGACGAGGAGCCGGAGCGGGAGGACAGCCCCAGCGUGUUCACCUGCAUCGAGUGCAGCAUCUACUUCCGCCGCAAGGAGCACCUGCUGGAGCACAUGCUGCAGCACAGCCGCGGCGCCGAGCGCGGCGCCGACGCGCCCGCCGGCCGCUGCCGCUUCCGCUGCGGCGAGUGCGGCUGGGCCUUCGCCGAGCCGGCGGCGCUGGAGCGGCACAAGAGGCUCCACCAGGAGUCGCGGGAGAAGAUCAUCGAGGAGAUCCAGAAGCUGAACGAGUUCCCGGACGAGGGGCGCGAGGCGCGGCUGCAGUGCCCCAAGUGCGUUUUCGGCACCAACUCCUCCAAGAUCUUCGUGCAGCACGCCAAGAUGCACGUCAAGGAGAGGAAGGAGCACGCCUCCAGGAGCUCCGGCCUCUUCGGAGAGCUCCGCGACGGCGCCGGGCGCGGCCUCUACAAACCCUUCCAAGCCGACGAGCUGCCGGCGGCGCCGGCCGGCAAAGCGCCGAGCGCCUGCGUCCUCUGCGGCUUCCCGGCGCCCAACGAGCACAUCCUCAAGGAGCACCUGAGAUACGCCCACUCCCACUUCUCCUGGCAGCCCGAGACCUUCGAGGACGAUCCCAACCAGCCCGGCACCAGCCGCGACUCCUACAGCCCCGGCCGGCCCGCCCGCUUCGCCGACGCCGAGCUGCUGGGCAAGGGCGACAAGGGCUUCUCGGAGCGGCUCUUCCCGCCCCCGUGCCGGGAGGGUCCCUCCCUCUACGACCCCGCCUUCGGCUUGGGCCCCCCCAGGCCGGACAAGGGCGACGGGGCCGCCAAGAAGGAGCCGCCGCAGGGCUUCCACCACGCCAGGAAGGCGGCGCCGUAUUCCCACCAAAGCUUGGGGUUUGCCGCGUUCUCCCCGUCCAAAGCCUACUCCCACUCGGCGCUGCAGCAGCUGAGGAAGAGAGCGGCCACGCAGCAGCCCGAGGGGGACGGGGACGACCGGCGCGGCCGCCCCGCGGGGCGGCACGGGUGGGCGCCGGCCGGCGCCGAGGAGGAGACGGAGCCGGGGGACGGCCGGGCCGCCGUCGCCGUCCCUCGGGCCGCGCUGGAGCUCAAGAGGACCUUCGGGGCCGCCCUGAGGGCCGCGGACCCGGCGGUGGCCUCGGAGGAGCAGCGGCAGCAGCUGAGGAUGACGGUGCCCGUGGUGGUCCUGGAGGAGAUGAGCGCCCACCCCAGGGCCGCCAAGAGGCCGCGGGGGAAGCCCCUCAAGAGGAAGCUUCUCCCACCGCGGGAGUUCCUGCUGGAGGAGCCCCUUCCCCUGGACGUUCUCCUGCUGGACGCGCCCCUGGAGGGUCCCCUGGAGCUCGAGGAGCUGCUGGACCCGGAGGCCACCAUGCUGAAGAACGAGGAGAGGAAAUGUCCCUACUGCCCCGACCGCUUCCACAACGGCAUCGGCCUGGCCAACCACGUGCGCGGCCACCUGAACCGCGUCGGCGUCAGCUACAACGUGCGGCACUUCAUCUCGGCCGAGGAGGUCAAGGCCAUCGAGCAGAAGUUCUCCUUCCAGAAGAAGAAGAAAAAAGUGGCCAACUUCGACCCGGGCACGUUCAGCCUGAUGCGCUGCGAGUUCUGCGGCGCGGGUUUCGACACGCGGGCGGGGCUGUCGAGCCACGCCCGCGCCCACCUGCGCGACUUCGGCAUCACCAACUGGGAGCUCACCGUGUCCCCCAUCCACAUCCUCAAGGAGCUGCUGGCCACCGCCCCCGAGCACCCGGCGCUGCUGCGCGCCAUGGGGCCCUCGCCGGGCCGCGAGCUGCACCGCGACCUGCACCGCGAGCUGCACCGCGACCACCCGGAGCUGCAGCGGGAUCUCCAGCGGGAUCUCCACCAGGAUCUCCAUCAAGAUCUCCACCAAGAUCUCCAUCAGGAUCUUCAUCAGGAUUUCCAUCAGGAUUUCCAUCAGGAUUUCCAUCAGGAUUUCCAUCAGGAUUUCCAUCAGGAUUUCCAUCAAGAUUUCCACCAGGAUCUCCACCGGGACCUGCCGAAAUCUGCGCCGUUCGCGCCGCCCUGGGGGGACGAGGUGCUGCAGCCCUACAGGGACGUGGCCAACUUCGACCCGGUGGCCAACUUCGACCCGGGCACGUUCAGCCUGAUGCGCUGCGAGUUCUGCGGCGCGGGUUUCGACACGCGGGCGGGGCUGUCGAGCCACGCCCGCGCCCACCUGCGCGACUUCGGCAUCACCAACUGGGAGCUCACCGUGUCCCCCAUCCACAUCCUCAAGGAGCUGCUGGCCACCGCCCCCGAGCACCCGGCGCUGCUGCGCGCCAUGGGGCCCUCGCCGGGCCGCGAGCUGCACCGCGAGCUGCACCGCGAGCUGCACCGCGACCACCCGGAGCUGCAGCGGGAUCUCCAGCGGGAUCUCCACCAGGAUCUCCAUCAAGAUCUCCACCAAGAUCUCCAUCAGGAUCUUCAUCAGGAUUUCCAUCAGGAUUUCCAUCAGGAUUUCCAUCAAGAUUUCCACCAGGAUCUCCACCGGGACCUGCCGAAAUCUGCGCCGUUCGCGCCGCCCUGGGGGGACGAGGUGCUGCAGCCCUACAGGGACGUGCUGGCUCCUGACGAGGACGAGCUGGUGGCCAUGGAAGUGACGUCCCCUCCCCCCAUCCCCAAAAAAUCCGGGAGCUCGGCGCUGGAGCCGCCCCCGCCCCGCCUCGGGACCAAGCUGAGCCCGGAGCCCCCCGGCAGCAAAGCCGAGCCCCAGGACUCCAAAGCCCCCAGCCUGACCACCUGCGAGGUGUGCGGCGCCUGCUUCGAGACCCGCAAGGGCCUGUCCAGCCACGCGCGCUCCCACCUGCGCCAGCUCGGCGUGGCCGAGUCCGAGAGCUCGGGGGCUCCCAUCGACCUCCUCUACGAGCUGGUGCGCCACAAGCCCAAGGCCGAGGGCCCGCCGCUGGCCAAGAAGUCGGCGGGCUCGCCCAAGGAGCCGGGCGCGCCGCGGCCGCCGCUGCUGCUGCUGCCCAAGCCCGAGGGCGCCGUCAACAAGGCCAUCAAGUCUCCGCCGGGUUUCGCCAAGGCCCUGGGCCGGCCCGGCUCGCCCGGGCUCCGCAAGGCGCCGGCGCCGCUGCCCGGCUCGCCCAAAGGGGCCGAGGAGAAGGGCGCCAAGCUGGCGCUGAGCCCGCUGCCCGCCGAGGCCAAGUGGGCGCCCGAGGAGGACGGGCCGCUCAACCUCACCUCAGGCUGGGAGCCAUGCCGCGACACCCACUGCGAGUUCUGCGGGGAGUUCUUUGAGAACCCCUCGGGCUCGGAGCCGUGACGCGACACCCGCUGCGAGUUCUGCGGGGAGUUCUUUGAGAACCCCUCAGGGUGGGAGCCAUGCUACAGCACCUUCUCCGAGUUCUGCGGGGAGUUCUUUGAGAACCCGCCGCCGGGGCCGGCUCCGGGCAAGGCGCUGCCCCCGGGGCUGGCCCUGGGCAAGCCGGGCUCGGGGCUGGCCCUGGCGCCGCUGGGCUCCAAGAACGCGGCCGGAGCCUUCCUGGCCGCCAAGAGGCCGCUGGGCGACGAGAGGCUGGGCGGGCACGGCGAGGCCAAGCACAAAGCCUUCGAGCUGGGCUUCAAGGCCAAGGCCCUGCACGACAAGGCCU